AUGAGCCCGAACGGCACUGGGUUUUGGGGCCAUCAUCUGUACCGUGGCCCCCAGGACCAGGCAAGAAUCGGACUAAUCCAGAUCGCCUGCGAGGACAAGAUCGCCCUCUUCCAUAUCGGUAUGCACUCAGGCAGCACUGCAAAGGACCUUUUAGCCCCAGCCCUGCGCAAGAUUAUCGAGGACCCCGCCAUUGCCAAGUGUGGAGUUGGCGUUUACAACGCCGACUUUGCUCGCCUCCAGCGCUGGUUCGGCCUCAAACCACGCGGCGCAUUCGAGCUGAGCCACCUGCACAACCUCGUGUCCUUCGGUGCCUCCGAACCCGCCAGGUGUACCACCAGGCUGAGAGGGCUGGCUGCGCAGGUCGAGCAACACCUUGGCCUCCCCCUCUACAAGGGCACCGUGAGGACCAGCAACUGGAGUGGGCCACUCAACAAGGACCAGCUCCAUUACGCUGCCGCCGAUGCAUAUGCUGGCUUCAUGCUAUUCCACUAUCUCAACGCAAAGCGCAUCGGCAUGGACCCCUCCCCCCCACCGCCAGUCUACGCCGAGACGUACGGUCGCGCCGCCCCGGGACGGUGGCCCAAAAGGCUGCUUCAGUUGCUGCCGCAACCUGGCGCUGUUCAGCCUACCAGUGUGUUGCAUUUCUACCAACCGCCAGUAUGCGCUGAAUCCGAGCCAGCGCAACAUAACCAGGCUGCACAUGACAAGGAAACAUCGCCGUCCACUGGGGGAGGUCGUCGUCGGUACGUCAGGGUUGCAGCAACAAGGAGGCGUUUCGCCGGGUGGCAUAUCGAUGACGCCAGCAACUAG